UCAAACGGUUGAUGCAAAUUCAGUCGUCGUAAAAUAGUAAUAGUGAACAGAUUCUAUCAUGAAUUGCAGAUCGUUCGAUAUAACAUUUGUGUUUUUGAUUAUAAUUGUGAGUGUUGGAAGAGUAGUGAAAGCUAAUGAAAUACGGAAUGAAUGUUCGACAAACUACUUGAAUAUUACCUGCACCUUUAUAUCGCAAUAUGGAUCCUUAUUUAAGCGAACGCCAAACAACUGUUACAGCACUUUGGAAUUAAUAACUGACUUCAGUAUCACCAAUUGUAAUGAACAGUUUCUGUUCGAAUUAUUCCGCGGUAACGAUAGAAAUCAUGUUAUUGGAUACAAAAAUGAGAAUCACCGGGAUUUCAUGAAGAGACUGAAACAAAUUCAGUGGAAUCAUAAUAACAUUCAAUCACUCGAACCAAUGAAUUUUUCAAUGUUUUCCGACCUGAAAAGCAUUGAUUUGGCCUUCAAUCUAUUAAAUAAUUUGAUGUCAGGAGUUUUCGAUGCAGUUUCAUCUAAGCUGAGAGUACUUAUACUAAGCCACAACAAUAUCAGUCACAUUGAACCAAUGGUGUUCGAUAAACUCAUUGCUUUAGAAUACCUCGACCUGGCAUACAAUAACUUGGAAAUGCUUCCGUCGUUUCGGCAGACAACUCUGAAGGAAAUUCAUCUAAACAAUAACCAUCUGAAGAGCAUCAAUGGUGAUUUUCAUGCCCAAUUCCCGUUGAUUAUCAGUGUUUAUUUAAUGCACAAUGACCUGUCCGAACUAAUGCUCUUCGACAAUGGUCCCACCGAAAUCGAUCUACAUGACAAUCAACUAAGUGAAUUAAAAAUAGUUGUCAAUAGCACGGUCAGUUUUUUGAAGAGAUUGCACUUGCAAAACAACAGACUCGAGAAAAUCGAAGUAAUCGAUAACAUUAAUGAGAAAUUACCGUGUAACCUGAACUACUUGGACAUGACCUCGAACAAUGUGACCGAUGUAGCAUUCCUGACGAAAUUGCGUCAAUUGCAAAUUAUCCAUUUAGGUAAUAAUGAUUUGAGUCAAUUGAAAAGUGACGAUUUCCGACGACUUUUCAUUGCUCUGCGACAUCUUGGCACGCUCGAUUUGGGUACAUGUCGGCUGGAACAUUCGGAAGAACAGUUUGUGUUGGAUGGCAAUUAUUCGGGAUCAAGUGAAAUCAUGGAGUUGAAUGAUGUUACAGUACCGAGUGCACCGAGUAACUUUAAAUGCGAAGGAUUGAAAAAUCUGCUGGAUGAAGCUAAGAACUUAAAAUAUCUGCAGCUUGUUCUGGAAGACCUGAACCCAAAUCAUCAUAGCCUAUCUCAGAAAGUACAGAAUAUGAACAUUGGAAAUUGUCGUGAUGAUGAGAUCCAGCGUAUCAUUCGAAUUCAGAAGGAUUUGCAAGAGAAGCAUGCCAGUAUUUUUGAAUAUUUGAAAAAUAUCAUGGCUUCAAUAAAAAUGGAUAAAGUCUGAG